UAUAAGUGGAUGACGUCUCCAUCUUCCAAGGAUACUUUGAAAACUAGACCAAAGAAAAGAACUAUUGUCCUAGGAAGUGGUCGAAAAGGGAAAGCUACUAUUCGUAUUGUUAUCUGGAAGAAGAGAGGAUUAACGUCUAAAAAGUCUGUAAGUCCCGGGAAAAAAAAUAUGUCAGUGAAAGAUAGUUACUUACCAAAACCACUGCCACCAGGCACAAAAGGCUUCCUGCCUUGGCGGACUGCAGAACGUGCAAAGAGAUGCCGAGGGGGGCCAGUGGACAGUACUGAUGAACUACCAGUGAAGAUUCAGACAGGUAUUCCUGUGAAAGUGACAGUAGAAAGCGCAUGUACAUCUGAAACUGAAGACACAGAAGAUUUAGAUGAUGUUAUCCAUCAUCCUGAUUUGGCAAAAUCAUUAGAUAAGAAUAACAUAACAAAGUAUGAACAAUUACAGUUGGAGCUGGAAGAAUGCGUGGAAAAAUUAAAGGAAGAACAAAGAGCCAGAGUAAAGGCUGAGGAACGCGUAAUGGAGCUGGAAAUUGAAAAUGCAAGAUUAAGGAAUCUAAAUGCCUCCCUGUCUGAAGUUCUUCAUGCUCAGUCAGUAACCAACAUGAUUUUGGAAGAUGAAGGUGUUCUAGGCAGCAUUGAGAACUCUUUCCAGAAGUUUCAUGCUUUUUUAGACCUCCUUAAAGAUGCUGGACUUGGACAACUUGCAGUAUUAGCUGGGAUAGACCACUCAGAUUUUGGUGUUUUGGGGCAUCCACAAAUGAAUUCUACUCUCAGUAAGCCUGCUAACAUGCUAAAGGAGAAGUCUUUUGAAGAAGAAAGACACGAACAUACCCAGAAUAGCAAAAACAGAGCUGGGGACACUGAAGUUUCUCUUCCUGGCACACUUCAAUCCCACACAGUUGUGAAUAAUGCCUUCUCUGCUCUUAGAGAAAUACAUGAACUUCAGACUGCUGGGCAACAGUACCAGCCAGGCUCCUGGAAGGAAAAUGAAGCUCAAACAAUUAACCAAAAUAAAGAGGAUAAGCCUCGAAAUAGUACUCCAACACUCUCUGAGAGGAGAGUCAAACAAAAUGAACAUGCAAAAGGACAUCACUCAGCAAGGCAGUUGGUUGCCGGACUGCAUUCGUUUUCUGAUUCCAGUGUACAUAUUAAAAGUAACGGUAGCAGAACAUCCAGUGGUACUUCUGUUGAAAAAAGCAAAAAUUGUUCCUUAAAGAAAUAUAUCCCUAGAGCAAAUGAAACAGCAAUUCCGAAUGAUGGAGCUAGAGGAGACCAAAGUAGAAUGCAGACAGUAAACCGCUUUGGAACUCAUAAAGUAGGAUCUGUCUCUGAACUACAAGAAAGUAUCGAAAGUGUUACCAGCAUUUGA